AUGGCUAACCUGACCGCAAUCAAAGAAUUUCUCCUCCUGGGAUUUGGGGGUCUCCAUGGGUUACAGUGGUUUCUUUUGGGGAUAUUUCUGGGAAUCGAUGUGGUGACAUUGCUGGGGAACUUUCUUAUCCUUACAGUCAUUUCCUUUGACUGCAACCUCCAACCCCCCAUGUACUUCUUUCUGUCCAAUUUCUCCUUCCUGGAGAUCUGGUAUACUACCUCCAUUGCCCCCAAGAUGCUACAGACCCUUCUGUCAGGUCCCCAGGUGAUUUCUUUUGUGGGUUGUGUGGCCCAGUUUUACUUCCUUGCUUCCAUGGCAGCAGUCGAGUGCUUUCUGUUGGCAGCCAUGUCUUAUGACCGCUCCAUUGCUAUCUGCAGCCCCCUCCAGUACCCAUCCCUGGUGAACCUCCACACAUGUAUCUUCCUUGUGGGUGGGUCUUGGCUGGGUGGGUUCCUGACCCCUGUGGUCACCGUCACCAUGACUUUCCAGCUGCCAUUCUGUGCAACCUAUAAGACUGACCAUUUCUUCUGUGACCUGGCCCCCGUGCUGAAGCUAGCCUGUUCUGACACUGAGACAGUGGAGAAAACCACUUUCCUACUGGCCUCCUUUGUCACCAUGGAGCCCUUCCUACUCACCGUAGCCUCCUAUGUGCACAUUGUUGCUGCUGUCCUCGGAAUUCCAUCAGCUGCCGGAAAGCAAUGGGCCUUCUCCACCUGCUCCUCCCACCUCAUCGUGGUCGCGCUGUACUAUGGAACGCUGGGAACGGUGUACGCCAUCCCCACAGCAACCCGGGCUGCUGCCCUGAACAAGAUCUUCUCUCUGUUCUACCCUGUGGUCACUCCCCUGGUCAAUCCCAUCGUGUACAGCCUGAGAAACAAGGAUGUCAAAAAGGCAAUGAGGAGGCUUAUGAGUCCGUGGGUGUAUGCUAGGGGAACCUAA